AUGGGAGCAACUUGUUGUAAGUCAAAUUUACAAACAUAAGAUGGUAUUAAUAAUUAACGAUUUGAUUUAAUAGAACUUUCAGUUCAAUCUGCAGCUUUUGGAGAUAAUGACUAAGGAUCAUAAAAGAGAGUUGUUAAACAAACAACUGCAAGCAAACGUUAAGCAUAUAUUCCAGCAUAAACUUUCGGUUUAGGAUUGAAACAAAACUUAUCUGAUGAUGGAAAGGAAGUAUAUGAAGAACCAAAGAAGGUUUCAAUGAAAGUUUCAAAGGAAUUAGAAUAAUUAUUAGAGCGAUAGAAUUCAGACACUGAUAGAAAGAAAAUUCUUGAAUAGCAAUCUCUAUAAAGUAUGAAAUAAGUAAAAUAUAUUAGAAAUGGAUCAAAAAUUACAGGUAAAUGUUGAUGUUUUUGUUCAAUUGAAGAAAGGUCAAAUAUCAGAUCAUUACAUUACUGGUAAAGUGUUGGGAGAAGGUGCAUUUGGAAAGGUUUGGAAAGUGACACAUAAAAAGACUAAAUUAGAUCGAGCCAUGAAAUAAUUAAAGAAGACAUCUAUAUUGAAAGAAGAUAAAGAAAAAUUGUUUUCAGAAAUGAAUAUAUUGAAGAAUUUAGACCAUCCACACAUUGUAAAAUUGUAUGAAUUAUUCGAAGAUGAUAAAAAUUACUAUUUGGUAACCGAGUAAGUACUAAAUUCAUUGAGGAUAGGUAUUGUUCUGGGGGAGAACUAUUUGAUCGUAUUAAGAGUAUGAACUUCUUUAGUGAAAAGAAGGCUGCAGAACUAAUGAGAUAAAUACUAAGUGCUGUUUGGUAUUGUCAUAACCAGAAGAUAGUACAUAGAGAUUUAAAACCAGAAAAUCUACUCUUUGUAUCUGAUUCACUUGAUGCAGAUCUUAAAGUAAUAGACUUUGGAACUUCUAGAAAAUUUGAAACAGGAAAGAGAAUGACUAAGAGAUUAGGCACACCUUAUUACAUAGCACCUGAAGUUCUUUUGGAAAAUUAUAAUGAAAAAUGUGAUGUUUGGUCCUGUGGGAUUAUUUUGUACAUUUUAUUAUGUGGAUAUCCUCCAUUUUCUGGUAGAAGUGAAUCUGAAAUACUUAAAAGAGUAAAAGCAGCUCAAUUAAAAUUUGAUCAUGAAGAUUGGGCUCAUAUUAGUUAAGAUGCUUAAAAUCUUAUUAAGAAUAUGCUUAAUCCAAAUCCAGCUAAGCGUUUAAGUGCUGAAGAAGCUUAUAAUGAUAAAUGGAUUUAAAAUAAUGCACCUUCUAAUGUCAUCAAUUAAAAGGCAUUGUAAAAUCUAUAACAAUUUCAUGCUAAAAGUAAAUUUAAAUAAGCAGUUUUGACAUUUAUGGCUACAUAAAUAAUUACUUAAUAAGAAUAAGAUGAAUUAAAUAAGACUUUUAAAGCUAUUGAUAAAAAUGGAGAUGGCAAAUUAUCAAGAUAAGAAUUAAUUGAUGGUUAUACUUAAGUUACUAAUAAUUAAGAAUUAGCCAUCAUUUAAGUAGAUCAUAUUAUGGAAUUAGUUGAUAUCAAUCGAUCAGGAGAAGUUGAUUUUACUGGUAAAACUAUUUAAUUAUAUUUAGAAUUUCUAAUUGCUGCUAUGAAUUAAGAAAAGUUUUUAUCAGUUUAAAAAAUGGAAUAAGCAUUUAAAGUUAUUGAUUUAGAUGGUGAUAAUUAUAUUUCCAAAGCAGAAUUAUAAAAUGUUAUGGGGGAUAUUGAUGAUGAGGUAUUUAAGUGUAAUUUAACCAGAUUUGGAUACAAAUUUUAAAGGAAUGCGAUAAUGAUAAUGAUGGCAAAAUUUCAUUAGAAGAAUUCUCAUCUUUGCUCCAAUCUAAAGUUUUAUGA